AUGCGUUCUUUUCCUCUUUUCUUCACCGCUGCCGCGGCUGGUCUCGCAAGUGCUUCCAGCUGGGAGUCCGAUGUCACCGUCACGGCCACCUCUACACGAACUCACACGAUCUGCCCGGUAACGCAAGCCCUCACAUGCGACGCUUCGGGCCCCACGGAUGUGGGCGCGGGUAAUGGCUGGCACCCUGGUCAUGGAGACAACGGCGCCGAGGACGUAUGGGCCUCCUUAUGGGAUGCACAGAAAUCGAAAUAUGGUAUUGGAAACAACUGGAACACGGCCACUGCGACCGGCGCCCGUCCGGACAAUGGCUGGGGAAACGGAGGCCAUGGAGGCCAUGGUUCUACCCCAUCCACGUCAGCGGAAGGUACGGGUCCUACGGGUGGAACUGGUACUUCUGGGUCGGGAUCCGGUCCUAGCAGCAGCUACAGCUACACCAGUCCGACCACCAGCGGUGGUUACGUCCCAACCUCGUCAUCCAGCCCAACCACAUCGGCUUCGCAAACCACAAGCUCUGGCGCGUGCCCAACUUAUACGCCUCCUCAAAAUGCUACGGAUGAUUACUGCAACUCGGCCGCUGAUCGAUCUGUUUGGUGCGACAACAAGGAUAUCAACAGUGACUACUACAGCGACUACACUACUGGUGUUACGCGCAAAUACACCUUGACAAUCACCAACACCACAUUGGUGUUUGAUGGAACUGGCCCCAAGCUCGCUCUCGCUAUUAAUGGCCAAGUCCCAGGGCCUGUGAUUGAGGCUAACUGGGGUGACAUGGUCGAGAUCGAAGUCAUCAACCAGCUGCAAGACAACAGCACGACAAUUCACUGGCAUGGUAUUCGCCAACUUAACACCAAUGAUCAAGAUGGUGUUCCGGGUGUUACGGAGUGCGGUAUCGCCGGAAACGGUGGCAGCCGCACCUACAAAUGGCACGCAAGCUCCUACGGAACUUCCUGGUACCACAGCCAUACUUUUGCCCAAUAUGGUGAUGGUAUCCGUGGACCUAUCGUUAUCCAUGGCCCUGCGACUGCAGACUACGACUAUGACAUGGGCACAGUUAUGAUUGAUGACACUUUCCCGAUUACCGCUGCUGCUAUGGCAUCUCGUAUUGCACACGUCGGACCUGGUGGCUCGUUCAACACCCUGUUCAACGGUAUGAACAAGAACCCUGAUGGAACUGGUCCUGGUGGUACUCCUUUCUCGUGGGGUGUCAAGCCUUGCAAGAAGCAUUUGUUCCGUAUCAUCAACAGCUCCGCUCAAAACAGCUACAUCGUUGGUUUUGAUAAUCACACAAUGACUGUCAUUGCCGCUGAUUUCGUACCCAUUGUGCCCUACACGACCACCACCCUCAACAUUGCAACCGGUCAGCGAUACGAUGUCAUCGUUCAAAUGGACCAAGCACCAAGCAGUUACUAUGUCCGCGCCGUCAUUCAAACCGGAUGUCCUUCAGGUGGUGCCAACUCUGGUUUGGGAACAGCUAACGCCAUCAUUAACUACGAAAAUGCUACCCCUGUCACUCCAGUCAUUUCGACCUCCAUCACCAAUGUCACAGCCAACAUCUGUCAAGAUGAGCCUCUUGCUUCGUUGGUACCUUGGCUCGAAAAACCAGCCGGCACUGUAACUGCAUUCCAGGGCUCCGCUUCCACCAUUCCUGCUGGGUCCGUUACCUCGGUUGCUACCAACGACGACGGAACCGUCUUCCAAUGGUACAUCAACAACGCUGUCAUCAAUGUCAACUACAGCCAACCUACUCUCAAGACUCUAGCUCAAGGUUCAAACAGCAGUCUGAUCAGCAACCCUGUUGUUCUCAACCAAGCCAACCAGUGGGUCUACUUUGUCAUCCAGAACCAGUUCUUUGCGUCUCACCCUAUGCACGUUCACGGUCACGACGUCUCCGUUCUAGGCACCGGCACCGGCACUUUUACUUCUGACCUGGUCAGCUCUCUCAACUUUGAUAACCCCACGCGUCGUGACACAGUCAUGUUGCAAGGGUCUCCUGGUCCUGGCUUCCCUGCAGGUUAUACUGUCAUUGGUUUUGAGACUGACAACCCUGGCGCCUGGCUCAUGCAUUGUCACAUCUCAUGGCAUGUGGAUGGUGGUCUCGCUCUUCAGUUCGUUGAACGACCUGAUGACAUCCCGGCAACGUCAUAUGUUGACGCAUCAUUCGAGGAUGAGUGCUCCGCCCUGUCUGCCUACGAUGCGGCCAGUCCUCAAGGUGCUAAGUUGUCUGGUCAGUCCGGUCUCAAAGCCCGUGGAUACUCGGAUGAGUUGGAUAUUGAGAUCUUCCGUCCGGAUGCGAAGAUCGACAUAAACAAGUACCGCAAGCGAUACUCCCACCGUCGACUUCAUUAG